CACAUGUAAAAUGCCAUGGAUGUUUCCCACCCGGAUUUAACAAGUGGUUCUUGUCUCCCCUGCCAGGUUGUUCCUGCUGCGGGACUGGUCUCCAUAUUAAAGAAGAGGAACGACGCCGUGGGCGACCACCCUGCCCAGAUGCAGCAGAAGCCGCCCAAGCGGAGGGUGCGGUUCCAGGAGAUAGACGAUAACCUGGACCAGGAUGAAGCUGGGAGUGGCUCCUGCAUUUUGCUGGUCUUGCUGUGCGUCGCCACGGUUCUGCUCAGCGUGGGAGGAACCGCCCUGUACUGCGCGUUCGGGGACCUGGACUCACCCGUGUGCACGGACUUCGCCGACAACGUGGACUUCUACUACACGAAGCUGCUGCGGGGCGUGGCGGAGCUGAAGCACUGGGUCCGCCUCUCCUAGCGCAGCAGCGAGGGCCCGAGGGGAACUCACUCUCUAGGCGGCUCUGAUUUGGGGGGUUGUGUACCGCGCCCCGCCCCGUGAGGAGCCGUGGACGUCAGCAACUGCAGCUUCAGCAGGCGGCCCAGGGGGACCUGCGCGUCGUGGGGCAGGAAUGGCCUGGCCGUCCUCCUCGCGGCCGCCUCCGCGGGCUGCUGCGCUGCGUAAAG